UCGCACUGUCGAACUAUCGUGGAAAGUCCGUCUCUAAGAUCCAAAGAUUUUCAUGUACGCGUCUUGGUAAAAUUUUGUAAUAAUGGAAAAUAUUCCGCGAACACAUGAAGACAUCGAGGCACAGAUCAGCGUGAUCCAGGAGAAGAAGACGGAGCUGGCCAAGACCACUGCUGCGGCAGCCGGCGUGGGAUUGCUGGACAGCGGAGGAUUUUUCGACAGCGACUUGUACGAUGAUGAUGCGGGAAAGGGGAAGGGGCGCUACGAGGGCUACAAUACCUCUAUUGCAGCCAACGACGCCGAGGAUCCGGACGAGGACGAGGACGAUGGCUUUCCGGUGCCACAGAAACGCACCACCUACACGGCUCCUACUUCCGUACUGAAGGACGUGACCCAGGGCAAGGAGGAUGUGGAUCCCAUGGCGGAUCGCAGGCGUCCCACGAUUGCGGAUCGUGAGGAUGAAUACCGGCAGAAGCGUCGCCGCAUCAUCAUCUCGCCGGAGCGAGCGGAUCCCUUUGCCGAAGGCGGCAAGACCCCGGAUGUUGGCUCCCGCACCUACACGGACAUUAUGAGGGAGCAGAUGCUCAAGGGCGAGGAAACCGAGCUGCGGCGGCGUAUCCUCGAGAAAACCAAGGAUGGGACUCUGGUAAAGACCACGUCCACGUCGUCGUCUUCGAAUGGUGAAUCGGCUGCUCCUAAGGACGGCGGUAGGAAGCGAGGCAGAUGGGAUCAAACAGUCAGCGACAGCUUUAUCCCGGCCAAGGUGGCCACGCCCAGCAGCGCCGCUACGCCCACUUGGGAAGAUAAAACUCCCGGAGACCACCGUUGGGAUGAGACUCCAGGACACAAGGGCAGCGAGACGCCGGGAGCCACUCCAGGACUGGGCACACGCAUCUGGGACGCCACACCAGCUCACGCCAUGACCCCGGGUCAUGAGACACCUGGACACGAGAAGUCGGCCCGGAGGAAUCGCUGGGAUGAGACGCCAAAGACAGAGCGCGAAACUCCCGGUCACAGCGGAUGGGCCGAGACCCCGAAGCCCGAUCGCACAGGAAGCGGAGCCGGCGGGGAGAGUAUCUCCAUCGAGUCCACUCCUGGAGCCUCAAAACGUCGUUCUCGCUGGGAUGAAACACCAUCGAAUGCUACGCCUGCUAUUACGCCCACAAAUGCAAAUGCUAUGACCCCGAAUAUGACACCUAGUAUGACGCCACACGCGACUCCCGGACAUGCUACGCCUAUGCUGACGCCAGGAGGCAGCACACCCAUCGGAGUCAAGGCAAUGGCCAUGGCAACACCUUCGGCGGGAGCUCUGGCGGCCAUGACGCCCGAACAACUGCAGGCCUAUCGCUGGGAAAAGGAGAUCGAUGAAAGGAACCGUCCUUACACAGACGACGAAUUGGACCAAAUCUUUCCGCCUGGCUACAAAAUUUUACCCCCACCCGCGGGCUAUGUUCCACUCCGCACUCCCGGCAGAAAGCUGAUGGCCACACCCACACCGAUCGCUGGGACUCCAGCCGGAUUCUUCAUCCAAGUGGAGGAUAAAAAUGCUAAAUUUAUGGAUAACCAACCAAAAGGGCAGAAUCUGCCGUUUAUGAAACCUGAGGAUGCGCAAUAUUUCGACAAACUCCUAGUGGACGUCAAUGAAGAUGCUUUGUCGCCCGAAGAGCUCAAGGAGCGCAAGAUCAUGAAGCUCCUGCUGACCAUCAAGAAUGGUUCGCCACCCAUGCGAAAAUCAGCUUUGAGGCAGAUUACAGAUAAAGCCAGGGAAUUUGGUGCAGGUCCUUUGUUCAACCAGAUUCUUCCGUUGCUUAUGUCGCCUACUUUGGAGGAUCAAGAGCGACAUUUGCUGGUCAAAGUAAUCGAUCGCGUUCUGUACAAACUCGAUGAUUUAGUGCGUCCCUAUGUGCACAAGAUUUUGGUGGUCAUAGAACCGCUCUUGAUUGAUGAAGAUCAUUAUGCUCGCAUAGAAGGCAGAGAAAUAAUUUCUAAUCUGGCCAAGGCUGCUGGUUUGGCCACCAUGAUCUCUACUAUGAGACCGGAUAUUGACAACAUCGAUGAGUAUGUGAGAAACACCACAGCGCGAGCCUUUGCCGUUGUGGCAUCAGCUUUGGGUAUUCCCUCCUUGUUGCCCUUUUUAAAAGCCGUGUGUAAGUCAAAGAAAUCCUGGCAGGCACGUCACACGGGCAUCAAGAUUGUGCAACAGAUAGCUAUCCUAAUGGGUUGCGCUAUAUUGCCCCAUCUGAAAGCUCUGGUUGAGAUUAUCGAACACGGAUUAGUGGAUGAACAGCAGAAGGUGCGUACCAUUACAGCCUUGGCCAUUGCUGCUCUGGCGGAGGCAGCCACUCCGUACGGCAUUGAAUCCUUCGAUUCCGUACUGAAACCUCUUUGGAAGGGUAUUCGCACUCAUCGAGGCAAAGGCCUGGCCGCCUUCCUCAAAGCCAUUGGCUACUUGAUUCCCUUGAUGGAUGCCGAGUAUGCAAAUUACUACACCCGUGAAGUGAUGUUGAUCUUGAUCCGAGAGUUCCAGUCCCCAGAUGAGGAAAUGAAAAAAAUCGUCUUGAAGGUGGUGAAGCAGUGUUGUGCCACCGAUGGUGUGGAACCGCAGUACAUCAAAGAGGAAAUUCUGCCGCACUUCUUCAAGUUCUUUUGGAAUCAUCGCAUGGCGCUAGACAGGCGCAACUACCGCCAGCUGGUUGACACCACCGUGGAAAUUGCCAACAAGGUUGGUGCUUCUGAGAUCAUCAAUCGUGUGGUGGAUGACCUAAAAGAUGAGAACGAACAGUACCGGAAAAUGGUGAUGGAAACGGUCGAGAAAAUCAUGGGCAAUCUGGGAGCAGCUGACAUCGAUUCACGCCUGGAGGAACAGCUUAUCGAUGGUAUUCUGUAUGCUUUCCAGGAGCAGACCACCGAGGAUGUGGUGAUGUUAAAUGGCUUCGGCACCAUUGUGAAUCAGUUGGGCAAGCGAGUUAAGCCCUAUUUGCCACAGAUUUGCGGUACGAUUCUCUGGCGGUUGAACAACAAAUCUGCGAAAGUACGUCAACAAGCAGCGGAUCUGAUCUCCAGGAUAGCAGUGGUAAUGAAAACUUGUCAGGAGGAGAAGCUAAUGGGACAUCUGGGUGUUGUGCUAUACGAAUACUUGGGUGAGGAGUAUCCCGAAGUAUUGGGUAGUAUCCUGGGAGCCCUGAAGGCUAUCGUAAACGUGAUUGGCAUGACCAAGAUGACGCCUCCCAUUAAGGAUUUACUUCCCCGGCUCACACCAAUUUUAAAGAAUCGUCACGAGAAAGUACAAGAGAACUGUAUUGACCUGGUGGGACGCAUCGCGGAUCGAGGACCAGAGUAUGUGUCUGCUCGCGAAUGGAUGCGCAUCUGUUUUGAGCUUCUGGAGCUGCUCAAGGCCCACAAAAAGGCCAUCCGGAGAGCCACUGUCAACACCUUUGGCUACAUAGCUAAAGCCAUUGGUCCCCACGACGUCUUGGCCACUCUGCUGAAUAAUCUAAAAGUGCAGGAGCGGCAGAACCGCGUGUGCACCACGGUAGCCAUCGCCAUUGUAGCCGAGUCCUGUCGUCCUUUCACCGUGCUCCCUGCAUUGAUGAACGAGUACCGAGUACCCGAGCUGAAUGUGCAAAAUGGUGUCCUUAAGUCCCUCUCCUUCCUUUUCGAAUACAUUGGCGAAAUGGGAAAGGACUACAUCUAUGCCGUCUGCCCACUUUUGGAAGAUGCCCUAAUGGAUCGAGAUCUGGUUCACAGACAAACAGCCUGCUCAGCCAUUAAACACAUGUCCUUGGGAGUCUAUGGCUUCGGUUGCGAGGAUGCCCUGACGCAUCUGCUCAAUUACGUGUGGCCCAACAUAUUUGAGACCUCCCCUCAUCUUGUGCAAGCUUUCAUGGACUCAGUGGAUGGAUUGAGAGUAUCUCUCGGACCUAUCAAGAUCCUGCAGUAUACACUGCAGGGACUGUUCCAUCCCGCUCGCAAAGUGAGGGAUGUCUACUGGAAGAUCUAUAAUUCGCUGUAUAUUGGAGGUCAGGAUGCACUGAUUGCCGGUUAUCCGCGGAUUACCAACGAUCCAAAGAACCAGUACGAGCGGUACGAAUUGGACUAUGCGCUCUAAGUUGAAACAUCUAAAUCAGCUAGCAAUAAGAUUCUUUAAGAUAAAAUUAAAUAAAUCUGAACUUUACCAAACAA